GUUUGGCAAACUUCAAGAGACAUUGCGACACUUACUCACUCCUACAUUCUCUAGCUCCACACAAUUCAAACGACAACGAGAUACCACUGGAAAGAUCUACCUGCUAGUCCAGCUGCGCGAUUGUGGCGGCUGCUCUGCUGCGACGAGUGCUGUGGGCUGGAACCCGGCGACUGGAAAUACCUUCUCUGGGGCGAAGGUACAUCAUGACGGCUAAUGAUGCUGUGCUGGGAGGGGGAGUGAAGGAUGCAGGGGGGAUUAUAAGCAAUGGUAUUGGAGAAACUGUUGAGGAACAGAGGAGGGGAAAGUUGUAUGGAAGGGCGUUUUAUGAGAGUAUUGGGAGUCCGAAGUUUGUGCUGGCACCGAUGGUUGAUCAGUCGGAAUUCGCCUGGCGUAUGCUCUCCCGCUCAUUCAUCCCUCCCUCCUCCCAACGAGACCUCGUAGCAUACACACCAAUGCUCCACGCACGCAUGUUCAGCGAAACCCCCAAAUUCCGCGACGGCCACUUCCAACCCUUCCGCGGCUCUCUUGCCUCGCCCACCCCUCCAUCACCUCUCCCUCCACUCUUCCUCGACGGCAAUCCUUCCUUCGACCGCCCCCUCUUCGUCCAAUUCUGCGCCAAUAAUCCCUCCGAACUCCUCUCCGCCGCAAAAUACGUUGCGCCGUUCUGCGAUGCCGUGGAUCUGAAUCUAGGCUGUCCGCAGGGCAUUGCUAGAAAAGGGAAAUAUGGAGCGUUUUUACAAGAGGAUCAGGAGUUGAUAUAUCAGUUGAUUAACACGCUGCAUAAAGACCUGGUAGUUCCUGUCACAGCUAAGAUCAGGAUCUUAGACUCGAGAGAGAAGACGUUGGAGUAUGCGAAGAAGGUAUUGAGUGCUGGUGCUAGUAUUUUGACUGUGCAUGGGCGGACGAGAGAGAUGAAGGGGCAUAAGACGGGGUUGGCGGAUUGGGCUGUCAUUCGGUAUUUGAGGGAGCAAUUGCCGAGAGAGACGGUGCUGUUUGCGAAUGGGAAUAUUCUCAAGAAGGAGGAUAUUGAUAGAUGUCUUGAGGCUACGGGCGCGGAUGGCGUGAUGAGCGCAGAGGGAAAUCUAUAUGACCCUGCGAUAUUCUCUGAGGCGCCGCCGGUGGGUGAAGAGGGAAGGGAAUAUUGGAGAGGUGUUGAUGGACGGGGUGGUUGGAGGAUGGAUGCCGUGUGUAGGAGGUAUAUGGAUAUCAUAUAUCGUUACGUAUUGGAAGUCGAACCGCCAAAACGACAGCCUCUUUAUUUACCAUCCGACCCGGAGCCUGAACCAGCACCUUCAGCAGCGGUGGAAGACUCAACACCUCAGCAGACAAACGGGGACUCGUCCGCAAAACGCAAAGCAUCUACAGAACAAACCUCAAACUCAACGUCAGCAUCCAAACGCCAAAAGACCAAUGGCCCAAAGAAAGAAAAAUCCUCCUCUCCCAACAUGCUAGCCAUGCAACCCCAUCUCUUCAAGCUUCUACGCCCCCUAGUAGCCAAACACCACAACGUGCGUGACGCCCUCGCCCGAAGCCGCGCAGGUGACAUCGAAGCAUUCGAGAACGUUCUCCAGCUCGUCGAGAAAGCUUGCAAGGAAGGAUUAAAAGAGUACGCUUCAAGCAACGGCGAGAGCUGGGAAAUCGAGAUGAAGAACGAUGCGCGUCUGAACGCUGCUAAAAUCUCACAAAAUGCUAUUGAGAAUGGAGGGAAUGGUAAAAAGGAUAAAGAGGGAGAUGGCAAGGGCGAAGUAACUGGUGAAAUGGACGAGAGUUCUAUCGAGACGGUCCGCGCUUGUAAGAGGCCUUGGUGGGUCGUGCAGCCGUAUGUGAGGCCGCUUCCUAAGGAGGCGUUGGCGAAGGGGAGUUUGACCCUCAGCAAGAAGGAGAAGGAGGCGUUGAGGAGGACGGGGGAUCCGUUUGGGGAUUUGGAGAAGGUUGACAGGGAGGGAAAGGAGAAUGGCGUGGUGGUUGGGGAGGGGGAGGGGGGGUAUGUGGAGGUUGAGAGGGUUGGUGAGGAUGUGGGGAAGGGUAAGGGCGAGGGAAAAGGAGAGCAGGUGGAGAUUCCGAAGGAGGGGCUGGUUUGUGGUUGAUAUAGGCGAAGGUCUUGUUUUGAUACUCAGAGGGAGUGGGAAGGAUGUAUGAGGUGUGGUCAAGAGCUGAUCCACGCUUCUAGAAAGACGGAAUAUCUCAUUCAGAUUUAAGAUGAUAGUCAAUAGAUAGAAAUUGGGAAUAGUGGCCCGCUGCGUUCAUGAAUCAACUACUUGGUUCGUUUCCUC